UACAUUGUGUACAUGGGUGACCUUCCGAAGGGUGAUGUCUCCGUUUCGAAUAUUCAUAUCGGCAUGCUCGAAGAAAUCGUUUCCGGUGUUGCAUCGGAUGUUUUGCUCUAUAGCUACCGUAGGAGUUUCAAUGGAUUUGCAGCUAAGUUAACCGAAGAUGAGGCAAAUAAACUUAAAGGAAAGGAAGGGGUUGUAUCAGUGUUCCCUAGUCAAAAGAAGCAGCUCCAUACAUCAAGAACAUGGGAAUUUAUGGGAUUCAACAAAAAAAUGAAAACAUCAAUCAUUGAGAGUGAUAUCAUCAUUGGAAUGCUUGACACUGGGGUUUGGCCCGAAUCCGAAAGUUUUAACGACACUGGAUUUGGUCCGAUUCCGAAAAAAUGGAAGGGCACCUGCCAAAAAUCGGCCAAUUUCACUUGCAACAAUAAGAUAAUCGGAGCUCGAUACUACCUGACCGAUGGCGAUAACGGUCCGGAAGAUUUUAUAUCUCCAAGAGACGCAGAAGGUCAUGGGACUCAUACAACAUCAACAGCUGCAGGUGGCUUAGUUAGCCAAGCCAGCUUAUUCGGCAUAGCCAAAGGAACGGUUCGUGGUGGGGUUCCGUCCGCACGUAUCGCGGUGUAUAAGAUAUGUUGGUCCUAUGGUUGCUCUGAUGAAGGCAUUCUCGCUGCAUUUGACGAUGCAAUAGCUGACGGUGUUGACAUAAUCUCUCUUUCGGUAGGGAGUUCUAUUCCAUUUGAUUACUUUGAAGACUCGAUCGCGAUCGGCGCUUUCCAUGCAAUGAAGAAAGGGAUCCUCACUUCGAACUCCGCCGGUAAUGGCGGUCCUACUCCUGGAUCCGUCGUGAAUGUUUCACCUUGGUCACUAACUGUGGCAGCUAGUACGAUAGAUCGGAAGUUCGUUACGAAGGUGAAACUCGGUAACGGCCAAAUUUACGAGGGUGCCACUAUAAAUACAUUUGAUCUCAAAGGAAAAAUGUACCCUUUCAUCUACGGGGGAGAUGCUCCGAAUUUGACCUUAGGCGUCGCAUCUGAGUUUUCCAGGUAUUGUUUUCCAGGGGCAUUGAAUGCGACAUUAGUGAAAGGAAAGAUCGUUUUUUGCGAGUACUUCACCGAUUACGAAGGUGUAUUGGAGGCCGGAGCCCUCGGUGCGGUGUUUCAAGAUACAGGAAACAAGGAUUUUCAAUUCAGUUACCCUCUACCUUUUUCCACCUUGAAUGUGAAUGAUGGAAGAAUGAUCAUCAACUACUUGAAUACAACAGAGAAUCCAACAGCAACAAUAUUCAAGACCAGCCAAGACAAUAAUCAAUUUGCCCCUUUUGUUGUUUCAUUUUCAUCUAGAGGCCCUAACCCUAUAACAACAGAUAUACUCAAGCCUGAUCUUACUGCACCCGGGGUCGAUAUCUUGGCGGCGUGGUCAGAAGCAUCCACCGUGACAGAAGACGAUACCCGAAGAACUCGUUACAACAUUAUUUCGGGUACAUCCAUGUCUUGUCCGCAUGGGACCGGGGCUGCUGCUUACGUUAAAUCAUUUCAUCCGACAUGGUCCCCUGCUGCCAUUAGAUCUGCUCUAAUGACAACAGCUAUUCCGAUGACUUCUAACAACAACAUCGAAGGUGAGCAUGCGUACGGGGCAGGUCACAUAAACCCUUUACAAGCAACCGACCCCGGAUUGGUAUACGAUGCAGGAGAGAUCGAUUAUGUUAAAUUCUUGUGUGGACAAGGAUAUACCAUUGCAAACAUUCAACUAAUAAGUGGAAAUAGUAGCAGUUGUUCCGAAGAAACGGAUGGUACGGUGUGGGAUCUAAACUAUCCGUCGUUCGCAUUAUCCUCAACUCCUGGAAAAUCAAUCACUCGAGUCUUUCAUAGGACAGUGACGAAUGUCGGCUCAGCAGUGUCAAAUUAUAGGGCGGUAGUUAACGCUCCGCCAGGGCUCAUAAUCCAAGUUCAACCGAGCGUGCUUUCUUUCGAAUAUGUCGGUCAACAACAAUCGUUCGUUGUGACUGUUGGAGCUGAACUUGGGAACUCGAUGAUCUCCGGUUCUUUGAUUUGGGAUGAUGGUGUUCAUCAAGUUAAGAGCCCCAUUGUCGCUUAUGCUUCAAUAAUGCUAUGAUUAUGAGAUAUUUUAUGUUUUUAUUAAUCUCUCAAUCUGUUUGUUUUUAUGUUUUUAUCAAAUAAUUUAAUGAACACAGAACAAUGAAAUUGGUUUCAUGUAGUUGAAAAAUAUG